CUUCACAGUCUGAGACCCUACCUAGAAUGCUGAGUCGGGGUACAGUCUUGGGGAGAUGGAGGGAUUGGGUAGGGGUCUGAUUUUCCAGUGCCUGCGCUCUCUCGAAAUCCUGGAGCGUCCCUCGCCAGGCUUCGAGCGCUUUUCCUGACAUCACCGCCCCGCGUGGCGCAGGCGCAGAAAGCUCCGCUCCUGCGAGCAGCAGGGAGGUGUGGCGACCUUCCCGUGCAGUCGAGAAGGAGGGAAGCGGUGUCUACUGAAGACCAAGCUGACUGAAGUGCCCUUGAGAAGAAGAUCGAUUCACUGGUUACGUACCAACCAUACUUGACGGGGCCUCAGUUGUCAAAGGUGGCACCAAGAGGGUGUCACUGUUAACACAGGAGUGUAACUGUUCCUAGAGCAAAUGAUGAUGGGAGAGUUGAAGGUGGAUGUAUGCUUGAAUCCUCAGAUGGGAGCUAUGUGGGAGACUAAGUGGUCUGUGAAAGACAGCUCCAGUCAGAGUAAGAAAUGCAGCCCACAAAUAGAGUGUCUUGGUCCUGAGGGUGCACGCCAGUACUUCCGGAGCUUCCAUUAUCAUGAGGCACUUGGACCACUUGAGGCUGUCAGUCAACUUCAAGAGUUAUGCCACCAGUGGCUGAGGCCGGAGAUCCACUCGAAAGAGCAGAUCUUGGAACUGCUGGUGCUAGAGCAGUUUCUGACCAUUCUGCCCCAGGAUACCCAGAACUGGGUGCAGAAGCAUCAUCCACAGAACAUCAGACAGGCUGUGGUCCUGGUAGAAGCUUUGCAGAGAAAAACUGGUGGAGCAGAUACUGAGGUCACAGCCCAUGAGCUGGGAAAGGAGACAGUGCUCUUGGGAGGAACAGCAGUGGCUCCAGGCUUCAAGUGGAAGCCAGCAGAGCCCUGUCCAAUGAGUGUGUUCCAAAAAGAAUGUUGGAAUACAUACCGGGUACUACAAGAACAGCUGGGCUGGAGUACUCACAAAGAAACCCAGCCAGUGUAUGAAAGAGAAAUCAGCUCAGGAUGUAAGAACAUUUCUCUGGCUUUUUCACCCACAGUUGUGCAUGCUCAACAGAUUUUAGCCCUUUCUGAGCAGAGAAACUCCAAAGGCUGGAAGAUGGCAUCUCAGCUCAUCCUGCCCAAGUUACAGAGUUUGUUGACAUUUGAAGAUGUGGCCGUGUAUUUUUCUGAAGAAGAAUGGCAAGUAUUGACUCCUUCUCAGAAGACUCUCUACAAUGACGUAAUGCAGGAUAAUUAUGAUUCCAUUAUCUCUCUAGGAUUAAAGCUCAAAAAUGACACUAGAAAUGAUCAGCCUAUUUCUGUUUCUGCAUCAAAAAUACAAGCACCGGGAUGCAAAGUAUCAAAAAAGACCAGAAUGAAAGUUGUCAAGAAAACAACAGGCAAGGAAAAUCAUGAUGAUUCAUACAACAUACAGAAACAGCAUCAGGCUUUUCCAAGGAAGAAAAGAAAGAAGCCUUCAUCUUGCAAACAAGAACUUCUGAAAUUCACAGAUCCUCACAGGAAAGGCCACACAGGAGAAAAACCUUUUAAAUGUCAGGAGUGUGAGAAAAGCUUCAGAGUUAGCUCUGACCUUAUUAAGCACCAGAGAAUUCACACAGAAGAGAAACCGUAUAAAUGUCAACAGUGUGAUAGGAGGUUUAGGUGGAGUUCAGAUCUUAAUAAGCAUUUCAUGACACACCAAGGAAUAAAACCAUAUAGAUGCUCAUGGUGUGGGAAAAGCUUCAGUCAUAACACAAAUCUACAUACACACCAAAGAAUUCACACAGGAGAGAAGCCCUUUAAAUGUCAGGAGUGUGGGAAAAGAUUCAUCCAGAACUCCCACCUUAUUAAACACCAGAGAACCCACACAGGUGAGCAGCCUUUUACUUGUAGCAUAUGCAGGAGAAAUUUUAGUAGGCGGUCAAGCCUUCUUAGACACCAGAAACUCCACAGGGAAGCAUGUCCAGUGUCUCCAGUCUGAGGAGACUUACUAUGAAAAUUGACCCUAGAAACUAAGAAAGAGUACAAAAUUAUGAGGCACCCAAAGAUAGGAAUCUGUCACCAAUAGAAAAUUUCGGAUGGGUACAUAUCAUGAGUCACAGAAAGGAAUCUAAGCCGUCUUUGUUAAUUGGUAUUUUAUCUUCAGUUCCUGUUACAAGACUGAUACGUGACUACUUUAUAAAUAAAAAGAUGAAAAUAUA